ACAGAGAAGCAGCUUUUUGUCAGCUGGUCUCUGGGACUGGUGGCUACGUCAAGUAUCUAACGAGAUAACAAGUUAACUUGGCUGCAAAUGGCCAAUGACAGACGUUAUCAUGGGUAAGCAGAGGGCUGCGACUUCAUGGCACGAGUUUGGCGAACUUUAACAGCUGGACCUAAACGAGUUUCCGUUGGCAAGCCUCAUGAAAGGGAGAUUUUUUUUGUCCUAGCUUGCUGGCUAACGUUAGCUAUUUGUCUGGAGAGUUCCCGACAUGGCUACCAGGGAGAUGUCUCAACGGCAGACGUACCGUGGCCCACCGGCCAGCAUAAAGCAAGAGCAGGAUGACGACUCGGACACAGAGGAGACCAACUUGGGGUUGCGGAAGGUAGACGGGCUGGAAUCUCAGAUCAUCCAUAGCGGGCACUUCAUGGUGUCGUCGCCCCACAGCGAGCAUCCUCCAAAGAAGGGCUACGACUUCGAUACUGUCAACAAACAGACCUGUCAGACGUAUCAUUUUGGAAAGGCUAGCACAUCGCAUAUCUCCAUUGACGCUUCCCUGACUAAACUCUUUGAAUGUAUGACCCUUGCCUAUAGUGGUAAGCUGGUAUCUCCAAAAUGGAAGAACUUCAAAGGUCUGAAGUUGCUCUGGAGAGACAAGAUUCGUCUGAAUAACGCCAUAUGGAGAGCCUGGUAUAUGCAGUAUGUGGAAAAAAGGGAGAAUCCUGUGUGUCACUUUGUAACGCCCCUAGAUGGAAAUAUAGACUCUGAUGUUCAUCGUCCUGCAGAGGCCAUUGCCACAGAGGGGAAAGGCUGGAAAAGAAGGAUUGAAAUUGCCAUAAGAGAAUACCACAAGUGGAGAACAUACUUUAAGAAAAGACUACAGAAGCACAAAGAUGAAGACCUCUCAAGCUUACUUAAGGGCCCAGAGGAGCAGUUAUCGCUGUUUGGGGAAGUGUCUCCAGACAUGCUCCGUGUCUCCUUUUGUCAGGAUGAAGAGACUGCUGCACGCCGUAUGCCUCGUAAGCAUAAUGAAACGCCUGCCCCUAUGGAGAUGGACCCCAUCUUUGACAUGGAUGUUCUGAUGUCUGAGUUUUCAGACACAUUGUUCUCUACUCUGGCUUCACAUCAACCCAUGGCCUGGCCCAAUCCAAGGGAAAUUGCUCAUGCAGGGAAUGCAGACAUGAUCCAACCAGGACUCAUCCCCUUACAACCUAAUCUCGACUUCAUGGACUCCUUUGAUCCACUUCAAGACUUAUUUCACAGCCUCCGUCAGCCCGCCUUCCCCUCUGUUUACCCCACUGCAUCAUCUGUCACCCCUCUACCCAGCAGCAGCUCUCAGUCACAGGCCCAGUUGAUGUCCUCCUUGCAGCUCUCGCCCAACCAAAUCACCCCCGCCGGCCCUCUUCCCAUCUCUUCUUCCGCACCCAGUCAGACUGGUCAAGCAAGUGGUGGAGCAGCUUAUGAACAGAACUACAUGCCCCUGUUUUCUGAGCAUGUGGCUCCCAGUCAUCAGUCAGCCGUUCCCUCUGUUUCUCAGCCUUUAUCCAGCGAUUCUGUGGAACAGUGCCUUCCAAGUCAGAACCUGCCUUCACCGGCCCCGAUGGGCUCCUCAGCCUUGGACAACAGCUCAACGCUGGAUGAGACUGUAGCCCCCUCUGUGAUUACACACACAGCUCCCUCAACUGUCACACCGAGCAACUCGGCCACCACCUUCAGCCACAUCUCGGACUAUAGCUCCAUACCUGCACAAUCGCAACCCAAUCCAUCCCAACUCCAACCCCUGGCUCCUCUGCCUCCCACUCCCUUCCAGCCCCCUCAGGGUUUUGCUCUGCCUCGCCCUUAUCAGUCAAACAGUGCCAACAAAAUCCGCCCAGUGCAAAGAAUUGCUCCUGCUAACACACUCCCUUCUUCUCACCUCAUCCUCGCAGGUCAAACUAAUGCUGUGAUUGUUACACACACACCCCUGAAAGCAGAUGUGGACACCACUAAUGCCAGUGUAGUCAUCACUCCCUCACAUCUUGGGCCUGCAUCUGGAUUUCAUGUAUUACCUCAGACACAGAAGUCUUCCCAGCCGAUUGUCCCUAAAGAUAAGUCGUAUCCUUCCAGUCGCAAAAAUCAGAAAGCUUCCUCUGGUGUCGUUCACAGUCAGCCAGGAUCCAGUCAAGGGUCACCUUGUGGGUUAGAUCAAGUUCACAGCCCACAGUCAAUCAUUAUCAGCAGCAGCAGCACAGCUCUAAUAAAGAAUGAGCACAAUCAGAGCCGAAGGACAACACACAUAUCUGCUGAACAAAAGAGACGAUCAAACAUAAACAUAGGCUUUAAGACACUCUGCACCCUGGUUCCUACCCUUAAGUCACAAUCAAAUAUCACAAAUGCAGUCACUUUGCAGAAAACGGUGGAGCACAUCGGGAAGCUCCAGCAGGAGAGGCAGCAGAUGCUGGAUGAGGUCAGGAGACUACGAGAGGAAAUAGAGGAGCUCAAUACUUCUAUAAGCUUGUGUCAGGAGCAGCUCCCUGCAACUGGUGUUCCUAUGAGGCGACAUUGUUUAGACCAAAUGCAAGAGAAGUUUAAUGAGUAUGUAAAGAGCCGCACUCUUCAGAACUGGAAGUUCUGGAUUUUCAGCAUCAUUAUCAAGCCGCUCUUUGAGUCAUUCAAUGGAAUGGUGUCAACUUCAAGCACAGCGGAGCUGUACCAGACCACACAGCAGUGGCUCGAUCGUCAUUGCUCCCUUCCUGUCCUCAGACCCAUGGUGCUGAGUACACUCCGUCAACUGAGCACAACCACGUCUAUUCUGAGUGACCCCUCCAUGCUCCCUGAGGAAGCCACUCAGGCCGUCACAUCCUCAGAUGUAAAGCCAUUCUCUCAGUAAAAGUCAAAGUCAUCCAGAAGUCACCUGAACUGGUAUUUUUCAGUAGUAAGACAUUCAGCAAGGCCUACGUCGGCUCCACAAACUCCCAGAGGUGUCAGUGAAAUGACAAAUGUUGCCUUGAACUGAAUUACGUUUAUACUAAACGUACAAUUAUACAUGAUGCAGUAAGUUCAACUACCUUCACCUACUUUAGGUGACAAUCUUCUUAGUACCUUGUUGGUACUUGUGGUUUAUUUCUUGAACAACAAUAUAGAUUUAAUAAAAAUUGUGUUUCUAAUAUAAAAACACAACAUGGUGUUUAAAAAGGGAAAUACUCUGAGAAUUUUGAUAGCAUGUUAUCUCUUAAAAGCAUAAAGGUAAGGAUAUGAUGAUUUUUACCAGGUGAUGAGAUUAAUGUGGAAGUCUAGUUUUUGUUUUUUGUUUUUUUGUUAGUUUUUUUGGGGGGGAGGAGGUUAUCCUAGAAAGACCUCACACCAAAAUGUAGGAUAUCACCUGAGAUAUGGUUGUUUGUUGGUUGAUCUGUUUCCAGUUAGCACCACACGAGUGAAAGUUUAGUUUAAUUUUUCCAUCCCACAUGUGUUCAGGUUGCCAGUUAACACUUGUUCCUGGUGGUUUUCCGUCUACACCGAACUUCCGCCUUUUGUUCAUUCUACUCAUUUCUAAUGAAUUUGACUGCAGUUACACAAGAUAGCCGUCAUCUUAGAAAUGCUACACAUGGAUGUGUACAGGGGCAUGUUACUGCAUGAUGGAGUGAUAUUACUUACUGCCCUCAUAGGGAGCAUAACUGACAGUACAAAGCAGUACAGAUUAUACAUAAAUAUACUAUUUUUACAUGUACAGUGGUGCAGGAUCAAGUCUGCAAAAUGGGUUGAUUUGUAUUCUUUGUUGGUCACUCAGGGCAACAUAUGAAUGUUAGGAUCCUUCUCGACAGGAAGACACAACGUCAGUACAGGGUACAGAUUGAUUUUUCUUUUUCUUCUGCUCUUUAUUUCACUAAUUUAAAGUGUGUUGACAAAAGACAGAGAACAAAAACUACUCUUUUA